UAGUUUGCUUUGGUCCAAAUGGAAUUUUUGUUUCCCACUUCAUAAUCAAAAUCAUUACGGUUAAGUGGGACGGAAUCUUUAAUAAAGUUGCACAUAUUCACAUCUUCUUAAUCCAUCAUCACCAUAUACGUAAUGUAACUACCCCCCGGAGUACAUUAUUUAACUCUGCGUGGGAUAAUUAUUUAGUGAGAUUCAUUGGUUCAUAAAUUUUAAGAGAAAUGGGCAACAAUAUUACAGGAGCAGGAGGAAGAAAGAAGGCAAAGGUAAUGAAGAUUUCCGGUGAAACCUUCAAACUGAAAACACCUGUAUUAGCUUUUGAUGUGGUUAAGGACUACCCGGGUCAUGUUUUGUUGGAAUCAGAAGCAGUAAAGCGACAUGGGAUCAGAGCAAAGCCAUUGGAGCCUCGAGAAGAGUUGAAGCCCAAGAAGAUAUAUUUUCUUGUGGAAUUGCCAAAGCUGCCCGAAGAAAGAGCGCCAAGGAGAGCAAGGUCUGCUGUUCACAUGAACGCUAAGGACCGGCUCGAGUGCCUGAUGUUGUCAAGAAGAUCAGGCUCUGAUGUUUCGGUUCAGAGACAAAAUCCAGCAGGGCCUGUUCAGGUUAAGAUGAGGCUGCCCAGAACCCAAGUAGAGAAGUUGGUAGGAGAAAGCAGAGAUGAAACAGAGCUUGCUGAAAGAAUUGUUGAUCUUUGCAUGAAGAAUUAAUUUUUUCUGAUCAGGAAAUGAGUAGUCCUAAUUCCAUUACCCCGUUUAAUGGAAGAAACCCAAGUUUGGUUGCCUUGGUGUACAGAGAGAUUCACGAGACAUGAAGGAUUAAGUUGUUAGUUUGUUUUUGGGUAAGUUUUGAGCAAAUCCUUUAAAUUUGUGUUUACUUCUUCAUUGGUUUUGCUCAGACAUAUGUUAGCUUGUUUGACAGUAGUUUUGAUAAAAACCUUCGAGCCUUCCUAUUGCAAAAGGACUGUAGUCUUCGAAGAUUUACCACCUAUUGUCUUGACAAAUUACGGCUUGGCAGAUUACAUCCUACAAUUUUGCAGGCCUAUAUCCUACGGUUUUUUGUUUGUCCCCUCCUCUUUUCUCUUUGAUAUUUGGGUGCAUUUUUUUCCCUCGUUGCAUUUCGGAGGGACUGGCCUUCUAGGCUGUUUAUGAUUUUUUUUUCUGCUACUGAAUGCAUUAGCAGAGUGGUUCAGUUGUUUUUAUCA